GAGAUCGGAUUUUUAGUUUGUAAUCAAGUUGAGGCUGGUUCGAGGUGGAUUGGAGGAUCAAUCAUCUCCCUUCAAUCUUUCACCUUCGGUAUCAUAUCAGUCCUUCUAUAUUCUAUCAUCUUUUAGGCCAGAAUUCUCCUCCAGAAGUGGAGAGAGUGAGGUGUCUCUUCUUUCGUAAUUAUCUAUCCAGAACGCGGUGUGAGAGAAGGAGGAAGUGAGAUUCUUUGUUAAUUGGGAGCGAGGAGGAAGAAAAUAUGUCGUCGCAAUAUCCUUCGGUUCAGAGUUUUUUUCGGAAGGAGGGUAAGGGGGAUUGUGGACUGUCUGCUUUGGAGGUGGUGGGAGAGCAGAGGGGAGGAGUUGGGAAUGGGAAGGGUGAUGGGUUUGAUAGGGAUUGUGGAGAUGGAAGGAUGUGGAGAGGGGGAGGGGGAGAUGGAGAAAAUGAUGGGGCGGCGAGGAAUGGGAAAGAUGAGAAGGAUGAAUUGGGUGAUGGAUUCACGGAAGAAGAAUUACAUGAAGCAAUGGAUCCUUUGGCUAAAAAGUGGAAUCCGAGCAGAGAGUAUGAGAGUAUGACAGUGGGAGAAUUGAUUCCUGGACCAAAAGCAGUUACAUUCAUAGGCAGAGUGGUUAGUUUCGCAACAAUCAUUGGGAAAAGUGCCAAGCAAGCGAGAGCUAGAGGAUGGCAUUAUGUUGGUGUUCGAGGAGAGGGUGGUGUUGUUUCGAUAAAACUAUACUUCGCAAAUCAAUCCUAUCCCCUCAAAUUAGGUCAACUUCUCUCGAUUUGGACAGCAUUCAUAUCUGAUACUUCCAAAGCCGACGGUGCAUCUACAGCCGGAAUUCUCGUUUGCGCAAACUUAUUUCCUGGUCGCAAUACCAGUGAUCACUUGAUGAUUCAUACUCAUUCCGGUGCAGCAGACGUGUGUCGUAUUCCUCUCGGUUAUAUUAAAGGCGAACCAUUGCCCGGGCUCAUGACGUUAGAAGCGUAUCUGAAUGGAGGAUACGAUGGAGUUCCAGAUGUGAAAUUACUUGUUUGUGUUAAGAGUAUCGGGGCCACGAAGAAGAUUGUUAAGAAAGAUGGAGGGGAAACAACUCUGAUCGAAGUAAUUCUCUUUGAUCAUACUGGCGAAACGAAAAUGAAAUGCUGGUCGGAUUUAAUCGAGAGUGUUAAGGAAUGGAUUCCGAGAAAAACUAUCCUGCUAGUUUUAAAUCCAAUGCAUAAGCUUGAUUAUGGAGGCCAUGGUACAAUAGCUUGGGGAAGAAAUACAAUGGUGGAUGUGGAACCGGAGUUUGCAGAUGCAGAUUGGUUGAGAAAAUGGGCAAAUGAAUUGACGAGGAAGGAAAUUAUAGGAAUAGAAUUUCCGAGUGAAGUUUGGGGAGAAGAAGAUAUUGAGGAAGCGAUCUAUGGACCUAGGACGGCAUUGUUUGGAUUGAGGGAUAUAGAGGAGUGGGUUAGAAGUGGUGAGGAAGAGAGUUUCACGGGUUGGAUUAGUGUUGUCUUGAUGGAAUUGAGCUUGGUGAGGAUUUGGAGGAGGAAUAUGUUGUUUUGUGGGGAAUGUUGUGGUAUUCCGCUCUACUCCUCCACUCCCAAUCUCGGAUGUCCUCACUGUUUGAAGCCCGUACAACUUGUCAUGAAUCCAAAGAUAAUUACGACAUUGAUCGAUGAGACGGGAAUGAUAAGUGGAGGUAAACUCGUCUGGAGUGAGAAAGCGUGGAAGGAGUUAUUGGGGAGAGACACGCAAGAAGUUUGUGAGAUGGGGAUUGAAGAGGUGAAGAUGUUGGAGUGUAGGAUGGUGGGUUUGAGGAUUAGUUUGUGUUUUGGGUGGGUGGGAGAGGAUGAUGGGGGAGGAGGAGGGGCAGGGGCAGAGGGGGUUGGAGGGAGAUUGUGUGUUUUGGGGAUUAGAAGUUAGGAGUUGAGAGUUAGGGAUUGAGUACAGGGGUCUGUGGAUGAGGAUCAGAAUGGAGAUGUGAUGGUUAUGCGGAGAUUACUUACCCAUGAUAUUGCAAGUGCUAACUGCUCAUAUAUACGCGUGGGCACACAAAGUCUGCAUCGAGCGUAAUGGAAGAGAGUAUGAAUUUGGAAAAUGUUUGCUCGCUACA